AUGAACUAUGACAAUUACAAGCAAAAGAUUGCGGAAACUUAUGGUGUUGCUCUCCAAAAAUAUCCACUUGGUGCCAUGCAAAAUCCUGGGAAGAUUGGCCGCUGCGAAGAUCUAAUUAAGCUGCUCAACAACCUUGUCAACUCACAUUGUUUCUGGGUAAGACUCACUGAAGAUGAGAUAGUAGAGCACAAGAAUAGAAAUAAGGAGCACCAGGCUUGUGGCGAGCAAGUAUACAAGCCCUGGAAGCAGCAGACAAAAUGUCUGAAGGCAACAAAGGAAUCAGGUGCA